ACCCACUUUAUGGUUCUCUUGCCCAAUCAUCUGAACUUGCGUCUCUGUCUGUCUCUCUCUCUCCCCACAUCACAUUUCGGCCAGAAGUUCUUCCGUCUCCUCCCAACUUGAUAUCAACGCUCUUCUUUGGCGAUCCGUCGACUGUUCUUUGGGGUUUCGAGGGCUUUUGUGGGAACGUCGGAGGAUUUGUGGGUUUGGGUUCUUGAAUCAGCGUUGAUCGUAUUGGGGUGGGUGUGUGCUGAUUGUUCUUUGUUGCUUGUGUUCAGUACCGUAGCGGUUGUUGGUUGUUUUGAGGCUUUUGAGAAAGUGGGUGUGAUGGGUAGCGCUAACUGGAGGCCGCUGCCGCUGCCGGGUGGCGGAGGAGGCGGGGGCACUGGAGCUGCGCUUUAUGCGAGUGAUUGGAGGGCUCAGUUGCCGCCCGAAUCACGGGGGAGGAUUGUCAACAAGAUAAUGGAUACUUUGAAGAGACAUCUUCCUGUUUCUGGUCCAGAGGGUCUUCAAGAACUCAAUAAAAUUGCCGUGAGGUUUGAGGAAAAAAUUUACACUGCUGCGACAAGCCAGUCCGAUUAUUUAAGGAGGAUAUCUUUGAAGAUGUUGACAAUGGCGCCAACGCCUCAGAAUAACAUACCUAAUGCUUUGCCAUCUAACUCUGCUGGGAAUAGCAGUGAGAACUCGGGCAAAGGAAAAAUCUUGAAGACUCCUCCAUACAUGGCCGGUAGUGAACUCUCUCUCGAUCGACCUUGCCAACGGAAACGUGCGCGAAUAUCUCCUUCCAAUCAAGAUGAGACCCGAAACCCGGUGGAUUACAUCAGCCAGUUGCCCGACGCCAUAAUCUUUCACAUCUUUUCCUUCUUGUCCACAAAAGACGCCAUUAAAACUAGUGUCUUGUCCAAGCAAUGGCGUUCCACUUGGACCUCUAAUCAGCAUAUGAGUUUCUCUCUGCCCCCUGGUAGUAGCCGGAAAUUCAAGAGCUUCAUUGCUUUCGUCGACUCGGCGCUGUCACACUGCACCGCAAUUAAGGUGAAAAGAUUCCACUUUGAUGCUCCUUGUCUUGCCUUGAUGCAGUCAAGUCUUGAUAGGUGGCUCCAAUUUGCUAUUGGGCAUGGUGUCGAAGAGCUAUCGGUAACCCUGCAUGACUGGCGCCACCACACUUAUGUGUUGCCACGAAUCUUGUUCAUCUGCACUACGCUGGUAAGUUUGCGGGUGUCCCAGUGCUGUUUUUUGGGGUUCAACACUGUGAAUUGGUGUUCUCUGAAGACAUUGCGCAUUGAAAAUGCGGAGUUGAAUGAUGAUGGGAUGGUGACAGUUUUGAGUGGCAGCCCUGUUCUAGAGUUCCUUGAAUUGAAAAGUUGCCGGGGUGUCAAGCACAUCAUGGUUGAAUCAAAAAGUUUUAGAGAGUUGGUGAUUGAUUCUCACGAGUUUCGUCGUGAUCAAGGUUCGAUGUUGAAAAUUUCGGCUCCUCAUCUUCUCAAGUUGCGCCUAUUGGGCAAUUCUCAGGGGGGAGAAUUCAUUCUAGAUGAAGUAUCUUCCUUGAUUGAGGCUGAGUUAAAUUUCGACAUGGAAAGUUCUGUAUUCGGUAAGGUUAAGGCUCAUGGUGACCUUGUCAAGGGGCUUCUCAAGAGGCUGCAUCAUGUCACGAAAUUGGUGAUGGGGAGCUGGUGCCUGCAGGUGCUGUCGUUCAUGGAGGCGAGAGAAGUAUUACUUCCAUCCUUAGAAUGUCGGCAUCUGAUAUUACUCGGCUCAGCAGACCGUGAAGGAGUUCCUGUUAUAGCGAAAAUACUCGAAAGUUCUCCACACUUGGAGAAAUUAUUCUUGCAAGUGAGUUGCACAUCCAGUUCCGUGACUGAGUUCAAUGGCGGGAGUGUAAGCCGUCGCGACUUUGAUGGAGAAGAAUUUUGGAAUUCUGCGAAGUGGAGGAUGUACCAGUGUUUGAUGCAUCUCAAGCAUGUUGAGAUUGUCGAUCGCGGUGCCAAUUCGCUGGCAUGGGAACCUAUUCUUUCCCUGCUCAAGUUUCUCCUCCAGAAUGCACUCUGGCUGGACAAAAUAGUGAUCAACAGUACGAAUUCCGAAUCGUCCCAGGCAGUUGAUCCAUGGGUGCUGCUUGAAGUGGCCCGGAUUCUUCUGUCGCACCCAAAGUGUUCUCCAAGCACGAGGUCAUUCUUAGGUAUCCUUCCCAAGGAUGUCUGUCUAAACGUGCAUAAAUCCUGAUUUUUUUCAUCAUCGUUGGUGGCGUCUUUUCCUCCAUUUUGUACCCGACUUUUAGCUUAACAUUUACAGGAGAUGUGAUUGGAUGCAACGGCCGGUGCAGAAGUUCGAGAUAAAAUUUCCCUUUCUGUUUUGUUCAACUGGAACUUUUAGCUCAGCUUGAUAUUGUUUCUU